UUUCUUCUUCUUGGUAGUUACGGUUAAUUUCUAUAUGUUUCUUACGGUAAUGUCCACCAGUGGUGCAAAUUCAUGUAACGGAAGUCCGAGAAUCUCUGGACCCAUGACGAGACGAAGAGUUAGUGAUUCAAUGGAUGCAGAAAAAACGAAUUUGAAUUUGUCUGAUGAUUUCUCAGACGAAGAAGCCGAUGGUAAUGGAAGUGAUUCUAAUGAUCAUCAUCACAAUCCUUUGAUACGAUUUAUGUUGUUUCGCCUGAGACUGGUUUGUUUACCGGAGCCAUGGUUGCUCGGCAUCGAACGAUUGAUCCUUCGGAUGGUUUCAGGGUUGCAGUCUUUGAAAUCAGGGAAAAAUAUGGCUCGUAGAAUUUUCUUAAUGCUCAUAAUUUUGGCGGUCUUUACUGCAUUUUUGAAGUUAUCGUUAUUCAAUAGUGUUGAUGUGAAUGGGAAGAGAAGAGAUAAUGGACUCUUGAUUAUUCAGAAUCUUAAGGAUGAUUCCGUCAUCGCUCAGAAGGUUGUGAAGGAAGAUGAACCCACCGAGGCCGUGCCUUCUAAGCGGUUGUUGGAAGAUUUUCUGACACCUGAAAUUUGGAGGAAACCGAACAGCGACAACUAUUACCAAUGCAUUAAUCGACCAAGGAAUCAAAUAAGGAAAGGAACGGGCACUAAUGGUUAUCUUCUAGUUCAUUCCAAUGGUGGAUUGAAUCAGAUGAGAACAGGAAUAUGUGAUAUGGUUGCAGUUGCAAAGAUCAUGAAUGCUACUUUGGUCCUUCCUUCACUUGAUCAUGAUUCCUUUUGGACAGAUCCAAGUGAUUUUAAAGAUAUUUUUGAUUGGAAGCAAUUCAUAGAAGUACUGAAAGAUGAUAUUGAGAUAGUAGAGUCUCUUCCACCCAAUUACGAAGCUAUUAAACCCCUUUCAAAGGCUCCUGUUUCCUGGUCCAAGGCUAGUUACUACAGAGGGCACACACAUUUGUUAAAGAUUCAUAAGGUGAUAAAGUUUACACACACUGAUUCACGACUUGCCAAUAAUGGCCUCUCAAGUUCAAUCCAGAAGCUCCGGUGCCGUGCUAAUUACCAGGCAAUGCGGUACAGCAGAGAGAUAGAGGAACUUGGGAAGAUAUUAGUUCAUAGGCUAACAAACAAUAGCAACCCAUACAUUGCUCUUCAUUUGAGAUAUGAGAAAGACAUGCUUGCAUUCACUGGCUGCAGCCACAACCUUACCGCAGAGGAAGAUGAAGAGCUCCGAAUGAUGAGGUACAAUGUGAAGCAUUGGAAGGAAAAAGAGAUUGAUAGCAAUGAACGACGGCUGCAAGGUGGAUGCCCAAUGUCCCCAAGGGAGGCUGCUUUCUUCCUCAAGGCCAUGGGUUAUCCUUCCACCACAAACAUUUACAUAGUUGCAGGGGAGAUUUAUGGUAGUAACAGCAUUGCUGCAUUACGUGCUGAGUACCCGAAUGUCUUCUCCCAUUCCACUCUAGCAACAGAAGAAGAGUUGGAGCCUUUUAAGCUAUAUCAGAAUCGCCUUGCUGCCUUGGACUAUAUUGUGGCACUCCAGAGUGAUGUCUUUGUUUACACCUAUGAUGGGAAUAUGGCUAAAGCAGUGCAGGGCCAUAGGAGAUUUGAAGGAUUUCGAAAGACCAUCAACCCUGACAGAUACAGCUUUGUGGGACUGAUUGAUCUGCUGGAUAAGGGAAAAAUCUCUUGGGAGGAUUUCUCAUCAGAAGUAAAGAGUUUACACGCCGAUAGGUUGGGAGGACCAUAUCUAAGACAAGUGGGAGAGUCCCCAAGACUGGAGGAGAAUUUCUAUGCAAAUCCUUUCCCUGGUUGUGUUUGUGAGAAGCCAGAGGAACAGACCACCACCAACCCAACAAAAAUGGAUGUAAGACAAAACCAAAAAUCUGCUUCACAAAGAUAG